AUGUGCACACACAAAGCCAGUUGUUUUAUGUUUAUAGAGGGUAAAAAGAAAAUUCAAGACCACCAUGCUGCAUCGGGAUCUCUGAAAGAACGUGAGGAAGACGGUUUCCAAAGGCAGGUGAAGAAAGUACACGUCCUUGAUGAAAUCAGUGGACAGAGAUCUAUGGACACUGAAGGGAAGGUGGACAUGAACGGAUGUGAGCUGGUGGGAAAGCAGCAGCUGUUGGCAGCAAAGGAGGAGGCAAAAUUGGCUGAAGAGGAGACAAGAUGGUACAAGAUAAGACUUGAAGAAUGUCACGGGCAAAUGCGGGAAGCAGAGAUCAUUUGGAGACACCAGGUCACUCUUGCCGAGAAGAAGGCCCAAGACAGCUCGCUCAGGGCUCAGGAGCUGGAGAGGGAAAUCUCUGAAUUGAGAAGGGAAAACUCUGACCUGAGAAGGGAAAACUCUGACCUGAGAAGGGAAAAAUCCUCUGAGCUGAGAAGGGAAGUUGCCCACCUGAAACAGAGAUUGGAUGCAAUCUGCAGAUGGAGGCAGGCAGAGGAAUACAUGAGGCAGGAGCCCACCCCAGGAGGACCGUACAGGCUGCAACCUCCCCUGAGAGCUUCACAGAGGGAUGGCAACCCUGUUAGGAAUGGAACCGCCUUUCCGGCUCAGGAGGCAGAGGAAACCAAAGUCACCCCGUGUGCCGGAGGGCCCCAACCAUUCCGAGGACAAGAAUGCGUGGCCUGCCCAGGGUGCGGCCCGUCGUCGCCCAGAUGGCCGACGCGGGACCUGGCGCGGCUCCUGUGUGGCCCGGCAGCGCCCGCCCACAAGCGGCGGCCACGGAGGCCCAGGAGCCCUUGGCCAGCUCUGCUGCAGGACUACGGGAUGCCCAGGUCCUCAGUGCUCUUUGCGCCCAGGGGCAGCCCCUGCGGGGCGGAGGAGGGCCCUUUGUGA